AUGCCGUCGAACCAACCCGCCAUUCCCGUCCAGCAGUCCAAUCCCCGUAAAAAUGUAGAGCGAGUAGUGCCCGCCAUUCCCCUCGCCUUGAGCAAAUCAAAAUCCUCCAAGCCGAAGCCGAAGUCGGAGACUGUGGCAAAAGAUGGAGGAGCUGCGCCUGCGCCUGCAAUUCACGAUGGCCAUACAACCACCACCAACGGCGUGAAUGGUCAGCAGCACCCCCUCCCGCUCUCCACCAUCCCCAACGGCAGCGGGCACGGGCAUGCGCUUGCCGCGACGAAUGAGGAAAGCGCCAAUGGUACCAACACGCUCAACGGUGCCGUGGUCAUGCCGCACACAGAUUCGCUCGGUCCGAGAAGAAGUGCCGCCCUCUCCCUUUCUUUCGGUGCUGCCCCCGACUUCUCAAACUCCCACUCCCCAUCUACAUUCAACCCUUCAGCGCCCGACUCUCCAACGCCCCUCUCCAGCUCAAGCCCAACCUCAUCUCGCGAGAUGAGCGGCCGAUUCGACGGCCGUCAAAUGCGGGAUGCACUUCCCCCCGCAUUCGUCCCAUCUGCACAACAGCACACCCACCAGUCAGCAUCUCCGUCGCAAUUCAACCCUCCAGCCAACCUCCACCCGCACGCCCAUCCAUCCCACCCCAGCGCGGGCAAUUUUGUGUACGUCAGCAACAACUCUUCCCCUGCGCGCCCUCCACCAUCAGCAAGUCCACGCUUCGCUUCACCGUCGCGCGCAAGCUUCCCGCACCCCCAGCAGCAGUACUUCGUGCAGCAGGGCUACCCACAUCAAGCCCCCGAUCACCCGCAUUUCCGUGCUCAAAAUCCCGCCUAUGGCCCACCCGGCAUGAGUUGGCAGGCCCGUCCCGCACCUUACACCACGGUCGCGCUACAACCACCUUAUACCACGCCCGCGCAACCGUUUCACCACCAAUCGCACUCGCAUCCGGUGUCUUACCGUCCCGGCCCGCAAGAUGCUUUCAACCCACCUGCAGCUCCACAGAUGAACGGGCACGCACUGGCCUCGCGAUCCGACUCAAACACCUCCUCCACAGCGCUGGAGCGGCCAAAUGUCCACCAGAACGGCCAGUCAUCCUCGCAUAUCAACCAUCCCGUUCAGACUGCCGGCAUGGUAUCACCUCCCCAGCCCGGGGCAACCUUCCAGGGUCAGGGCAAUGUUCGCCCAGAAGCUCUUCCAUCUCAUUUGACGCCGCCAUCACGAUUUGGGCAUCGUUGGCCGCGCAUGCAGCCCACCACCGAUGCCGAUCGAGUAGCCUGGGAAAGACUGGGCGGACACAUGCGGUCCCAAUGGGCGUUCGAUGCUUUCACCGAUUGUCGUCUCACGAUUCGCGAUUCCACUGGCGAGGGUGAGGUAAAUUUGGACGCCCACAGAGUCGUCCUUGCUGCCAAUUUCAAAUUCCUCAAACUCUUCGCGAAGGCUCAGGGCGCGAAGUCUCCGUCAGUCCACGUGAUCCAAUUGGAAGGCCCAUACUUGCGUGUGGCUCCUUUCGUUGAGGCUCUCAAGUUCUUCUACGGCUGUCCCGUGCCGCUGCUUGAGUAUCAUCGUCCGGGAUCUGCGGGCAGUGAAGAUCACCCUUCCAACGUGGACUGCAUGGCAACCGCAGUCGGAUACAUUGCCAGCGGCUGGUGGCUGGAUAAUGGCCCCAUCGGAGACAGAGGGGUGCAAGUGGCGGCGGGCCUGCUCCACUGGGACACCAUAGGCACCGCGCUGGGUUUCGCGCUGGAUGGCGGGCUCGGCGACAGCUUCAAGGUCGAAGAUGGAAGUGACGAUCGAAGCGGCGUCUCGUCCAGCGACCAGUCACCCAGCCGCGCCGGCGAGCCAGUUGUGCCACGGCCCACCUACGGUCAUUGGUCUACCGACUUUUUGAAACGGAUCAUCAAUUUUUUGACGUCCUGCUUCCCCGACAACUUCUACCUCGACCAAGCAGCGCCGCAAUUCGCAUCCUGCCCGCGUCUCCCCGCCUUGCCCAAUUCCUCAAAGGACCACAGCCGCAAACCAUCGGAUCCACGCCUCAGUCAGAUCCGCUUCGGCGAAAUGUCCAGCGAAGAAGACCACCAACGCCCCUCCUUCACCACGACAACCGUCUCGAGCGUCCUCCUUUCCCUCCCCUUUGCAAUCCUCAAAUCCGUCCUCGAGCAAUACGGAAUCGCGGAACGCUUGGGCGCCGACACCAUCGCGAGCAUCAUGCGCCAAGUCGUGGCCGAGCGAGAAGCGCGCCGCACCAAGGCGCUCGAGGCGUAUACUGCCAGCUUGUCGUCGCCGUCGUCCACGCCUUUGGCAGACGCAUCUUCGCAACUCGUCCGGAAUCUCUACCUGGAGGAGUUUGUGGAGACGUCGAAUGUCAAGCCCGCCGGGUUCCGAAUUGCCAGGAUCAAGCGGGAUGUCGAUACUCCGCCAAGCUCCGAGGCAUGCUCGGAGAAGAACAAUGAGGCUGGCUCGCUGAAUUGA